AUGAAUCUUUGUGUUUUUAUAAUUUUCCAACUUCUCUUGCUACGCCUUGAGACUACAACUUCCAACCAAGUGGGUGGAGGAGAUGACAAUGUUGUUAUGAAAAAGUGUUCCGAUAAGGAGAGACGUGCACUUCUUGAUUUCAAAGCUCGCCUCCAAGACCCUGAUGAAACUCUCUCUACAUGGAGAUCUGAAGAAGAAGAAGAUUGUUGUAAAUGGAGAGGAGUCACAUGCAACAACCAAACAGGUCGUGUCAUCAAGCUAAGUAUUAUCUCUGGUGGCCUUGAAGGUGAGGUUAGCAAUUCUUUGCUUAAUUUAAGCUAUCUGACUCAUCUUGAUCUCUUCUCUAAUUCUUUUCAUGGAAUUAUUCCCACGUUCAUUGGUUCCAUGACUCGUUUAAGGCACCUUCACCUUGGUUCGAAUCAUUUGAAUGGAACCAUUCCCAGGUUCAUUUGCUCCAUGACCAAAUUAAGGUACCUCAACCUUGGCAAUAAUGAUCUUAAGGGAACCAUUCCCAGAUGCAUUGGUUCCUUGACAGAAUUAAGGCACCUUGACCUUUCUGCUAACUCUUUUUAUGGAAUCAUUCCUCCAGAGUUUGGAAAUCUCACCAACUUGCAAUACCUUUACCUUGGAGUUGUUGGCAGAUGUAGAGUUGAGAACCUACACUGGUUGUCUUCUCUAUCCCAUUUGCAGCAACUUGGGAUGGAUGGGAUUUCCCUAGCCAAACAAAAUCAUUGGGUAGAUGUAAUUUCAAGUCUCCAAAGCCUAUCAUGGUUAAGUUUAGAUGGAUGUGAGCUGUCACAGGUCAUGUAUCCAUAUUCUUCUUCAUUUCUCAACUCUUCUUCUUCAUCUAUUGAAGUCCUUUAUCUUGGAAACAACAGUCUCACCUCAUCCAUGUAUCGUUGGUUGUUCCCAUUAACCACCAAUAAGCUUCAAAUCCUUGAUCUCUCUAGCAACAUGUUAGAUGGGAUACCCAAAUAUCUUGGUAAUCUCUGUAGUUUGGAAAGUUUGAGCUUUGCUAACAACUCUGCUGUUGUCAAUUUUCCUGAUUUUCUCAACAACUUGUCGUCUGGAUGCACAUCUCUCACAUUACAAGGGUUGUAUGUUGGACAUAACCGAUUUAUAGGGACACUCUCCAAUGAGACCCUAACAUUGAAAAAUCUUGCCAAUCUUGAUAUGAACUCUUGCAAUCUAGGGCCUCACUUCCCCAGAUGGAUUCAAACUCUGAAAAAUCUUUCGUAUCUUGAUAUUGCCAAUAAUGGAAUUUCAGACACAAUUCCUCUAGGGUUUUGGGACAUGUGGCCUUCUAAAUUAACAUAUCUCAAUCUCUCUUCCAACAACAUCAGCGGGAAAGCACCAGAUUUAUCAUCAAAUUUUGGCAACAAUUCUAUCAUAGAUUUGAGUUCCAAUAGAUUUUAUGGUCCAAUAACAAACGUCUCUUCCACUCUGACAUCACUGCAUCUUUCUAGAAACAAAUUCUCUGGUGGAAUCUCCUUCUUAUGCCAAAUUGACCAGGGGUUUUUAGUUGUUCUUGACCUCUCCCAUAAUUUUCUAAGCGGACAACUUCCAGACUGUUUGUGGGAUUUCAAAGAACUAAAAAUUCUUAAUCUAGAACACAACAAUCUAUCUGGAAUGCUUCCUACCUCUGUUGGAUCUUUGAUAAAGUUAGAGGUAUUGUAUUUGUACAAGAACAACUUAUCUGGAGAAUUGCCUUUGUCUUUAAAGAAUUUCAAAAGGUUAAGUUUUUUGAAUUUGGAGGCCAACAAGUUUUCUGGUAACGUGCCUGUUUGGAUUGGGGAAAACUUAUCAAGGUUGUAUGUCCUUAACCUAAGGUCAAACUCGUUCUUUGGAACCAUCCCUUUACAGUUAUGUCAGUUAGCUAAUCUUCAAAUUUUGGAUUUGUCACUGAACAAUCUCCAUGGACCCAUCCCCUCGUGUUUGGAUAAUCUUACAAACAUGGUUCAAGAAGGUUCAUUAGCAACACAUAAUGUACAUUCCUAUUCAGUUAAAUUGUUUUUCCCAAAAGAUGGUGUUUAUGUUUUACUUGUUGAUGAGUAUCUUGACCAUGCAAUGAUGGAGUGGAAAGGAUAUGAACGCGAACUCACCAGUACUCUGAGAUUGUUAAAGAGCAUUGACUUGUCAAGCAACCACCUAACAGGACAAAUUCCAUCUGAAGUUACCAAUCUCUAUGGACUGCAUACACUCAACUUGUCAAACAAUGGUCUGCUUGGAGAAAUUCCAGAAAAAAUUGGUCAAUUGAAACAACUUGAAACAUUGGAUUUAUCUAGCAACAACUUGUCUGGAGAGAUGCCAUUAAGCAUGUCUAGUAUGCAUUUUUUAAAUCAUCUUGACGUGUCAUAUAAUAACUUGUCAGGGAGAAUUCCAUCCAGCACUCAAUUGCAGUCUAUUGAUCCUUCAAGAUACAUUGGAAACCCGAGACUAUGUGGACGUCCCCUUACCAAAAAAUGUCAUGGAGAUGAUGAGUCAGAAGUACCACAUGUCAUUGGUGAGAGGGAGGAUGGUGGGGAAGACACAGAUGAAGUUUGGGGGUGGUUUUUUAUUGGUGGAGGCACUGGCUUCGUUACUGGAUUCUGGAUUGCAUAUGGUGCUCUACUUCUCAAUCGUCGUGGGAGACAUGCUUUUUUUCAUUUUUAUGAUAGAUGCAAAGAUUUCGUUUAUGUGAAAGUGAUGGUUUUCUUUGCAAAACUGCGAAGGGUUGAAGAACAUAGAUAG